AUGCUGAGAACAUCAAACGAUGUUUUUUUGCGGCUCCCGUUACAUAUCGGUACGAAUUUACUUCUGAUGCGACAUGUACCUGGCGUACUCGUAUCAAUGGUCAGUUUCCAUGAGACUGCUGUUGCAGUACGUAUGAGUGGCCACAUAUGUACUGCAACAGCAUUCUCGUGGAAAAUGACCAUUGAUACGAGUACGCUGCCACAGACAUGCUGGAUCAACAUGCAAGUGCUCGAAUCAGUCUGCUCUUAA